CAAUUUAUUGUGUUAGCAAUUGUCACUCAUUUUAUUUUAUUUUAUUCCAUAUUUGACGUUUAUUUUACAUCUCCCUUAACUCAUGGUAUGCCACCUCAUCGUUCAACAACCAUCCCACCUUCCAAACGACUUGUACUAAUUGUUGCUGAUGGAUUGCGUGCAGAUAAAUUUUACGACUUUAAAUAUGCUCCUUAUUUACAUUCAAUCAUCAAUAAUCAACCAAGUAUAUCUGGUAUUUCUCAUACUCGUGUACCAACAGAAUCACGUCCUGGUCAUGUAGCAAUUAUUAGUGGAUUCUAUGAAGAUAUUUCGGCAGUUACACGUGGAUGGAAAGAAAAUCCAAUUGAAUUUGAUAGUGUAUUUAAUCGUUCAUUAUCAACAUUUGGUUUUGGUAGUCCGGAUAUUGUGCCAAUGUUUAAACGCGGUUUAACGUAUGAACAUUUUUAUCUUGAAUGUUAUGAUCAUGAACGAGAAGAAUUUGGACGAAAUAAUUCGUAUGAAUUAGACUUAUGGGUUGAAGAAAAAUUUAAAGAAUUUUUAUUAAAUAAAUCAAACAGCUAUAAACAAGAGCUAGAUCAAUCUGGCAUCGUUUUUUUUUUUCAUUUAUUAGGCAUUGAUACGAAUGGUCACUCUCAUAAACCAUGGUCAUUCAAUUAUCUACAAAAUAUUCAAAUUGUUGAUGAAAUUGUUCAACGUCUUGUAAUCUUAAUUGAAUCUUACUAUUCUCAUGAUCAAAAAACCACAUAUUUAUUUACAUCCGAUCAUGGUAUGACAGAUUGGGGAUCACAUGGCUCAGGUGAUGAUACUGAGACAUUAACACCCGUUGUUCUGUGGGGUAGUGGUAUUCAUCAAACACGAAAAAAUAUUCAUGUAGAACAAGCUGAUCUUUGUCCACUUAUGGCUUAUUUACUAGGUUUAGAAUAUCCCGUAAAUUCUGUUGGACAAUUACCUGUUGAUUAUUUAUAUCCAACUGAUGAACAUUUAUUAAAAGCUUAUCUUCAAAAUGCUAGGCAAUUAUUAGAACAAGUUCAUGUACAAAAACAGGAAUUGAUGAAACGUCUGAUCAACUUCAAGAUCUAUCCACUUUUAACAGAUGAUGACGAAAAUAUUUUUUUUACACAAAUGGAUAGAUUAUUAAAAACUGGUGGGUAG